AGUUUGAUUUUUUUUUUUUUUGAGAAAGUUAAAUUGCUGUUUAGAAAAAUCUUCUCUAGAAUAGAUUCUAUCAUGUUGUACUAAAAGACUAUAUUUCAUUGGAAGAAAGGAUCUAAUCUGGCAGUUUUGUCAUCAUGGAAUCGGAAACAGCUAGGCACCCACCUCGUGCUCUUCCUCCUAUACCAAGAAGCAGUGGAACAGUAGCAGAUGAAAUUCCUCUCAGAAGACCAAAAAAGAAAAAAUCCAGAGCAACAAAUGGUAUAGUACAGGCAACCAACAGACGCCCUUCUGAAAGCAGAGAGCCCCUUACUCCUGAACCAGUAGAUGUCCCUUCUCAGAGGAAACGAAAGAAGAAGAAAUCGCUCCCUACAGUUGAUUCUGAAACCUCAUUUCCUCAACACACUGCAGCUGAUGCUGCUGUAUUUGAACGAGAAAGUGACAAUGGACAGCAAGGUGAUGAGAUAGCUCGCAAGUCACGGAAGAGAAGCAAGAAGACCCGGCCUGCGGAUAUCAACUAUACCAGUGAACUUGGAGUUGAAGAAGAUGAUAUUAUCUCUGAAGAACGGACAAAGAGUAUUGAAUUACCAGUGUUCACAGUGUUCCCUAGUACUAGUCAGCCUGUGGGGAAAGUCUUUGUAGAAAAAAAUCGACGAUUCGAUGCUGCAGACUGGACUGAGUUUGUUAAAACUCUGGAACAGCCAGUGUUCAUGGAUACCAAAUCAACUUGGACGACCAGGGAUGCAGCUUUGACUGUGCACAGAGGCUUUAGGUUGAUUGGCCUUUGUGCCUGUGGAAUUCUUUCAGGAUUUGCACUGUGGAAUAUCAUCAUUGUGUAUGUACUAUGCGGGACCCAGCUGAGCACCCCUACUAACCUACUGGAACAAUACCAGUCUCUGGCUUACCCUGCUCAGAGUCUCCUUUACCUACUGCUGGCAGUGAGCACAGUUUCUGCAUUUGACAGGCUUAAUCUUGCUAAAGCUUCCACUUUGUUGCAAGUAUUUCUUACGUUGGACCCUGCUGCUUUAGCUUCUUUCUUUUACUUUGCUGCUCUUGUUUUGUCCUUAAGUCAGCAGAUGACUAGUGACAGGAUUAACUUCUACCCUUCAUCUGAAAAUAACAGCCUUUGGGCAUCUGGCACCGAACUUUCAGUUCUACGGCCUUGGAUUGUUGUAAAUCUGGUGGUAACCAUUUUGGUGGGACUGGCGUGGAUUGUCCUGUCCAGCAAUCCAGAAGUGGAUUACAGCGAAGAAUUACUCUUUACCAAAGUUCUUGAAGAGUACCCAGAAACAGAUGUCAAAUCCAAAUCACAGUCAUGACUACAUCUUUUGCAGUUCCUUGCUGUACUUUUAUCAUAUUUAUCCAAAUGCUUAUAUUGUAUUAUGACGGAUAAAUAUUUGUACAGAAGUUGUA